AAUGAAUAGGUGUCAUCAAUAAAAUAAAACCUUCUUGCCUCACGAACUCAGACUCGCCUCUUGCCCUCACCGGCGCGGCCACCAAACGGUGCAACGCCACCAGUGUUUAUUCACAGAUCACACGGCGGCGACGACCUCCCUUACCAGCUCUUUGUCUCGAAAACGCGCAUCUUUGACUCACUUCCUCACAGGCACGGAUCGCGCUGCGCCCUCCCUCACCGACGUCAACGUGACCGGCUUCUGGUGGCACAUAGCGCACUGCACUCGCACAAAGCCAACACUUCCUUUGAACUCACGCGUUCCUGGUGGAGACCCAAAAGUUCGAAACUGAACAUUUUCACAAGCUUUCGGAGGGCGUUGAUGAGUUCGGUAGCUAUUUUGCUUUCAGCCUCCUCUAUCUUCUAGGUUUGGCUCAGUCCCUGGAUGUGGUUCUCACAUUGGAUCCACGCCACACAAUACCACGUUAUAUUGAUUACAUCCAGACGAAUAAGAAAUGGGAGAAGGCAUGGUGUUAGCGGCUGACUGACCGCAGAUACUCACUCAGUAUCAAACUACUGAAUCAGUUAGUCUUAGUCAGGUCAUGAUUUAAAAUAUUACGUUGGGCUUGGAUGAAAUCAAGCCCACAUCAUCUCCCAUGUAAUAAGCAAGGGAUUGGGAAAAGAGUUCUCAGGUGCAAAUUAGGGUUCUUAACCAUGAGUAUUGAUUAUUUCAAGCAGGACAUUGAUGAACUUAUCGGUGAAUUCACCCAGGAUGAGUCAACAACUUUGGCUGAGAUAAAAAGAGUAUGGCUUUCUAGGAAGUUCUCCUACAUUUAUGAAGCUCGUCCUUCUGCCAACCUGGCCUUCUUUAUGCAAUCACUGUAUGCUCAUUGUAUAGGUUACAUGGUUGGUACCGCAACUUUAUCUCACAGAUUAGGUGGCCUUUACUGCCUCUACUGUCUUUAUGAGACUCAACCAUUUAAUCCUUCUUUUAAGGUCUAUCUAUCCCUUGGAGAAUUAAAGAAACUUAGAAUCCUUGUUGCUGAUGCAAAAGCAAAUGAUAUUAAAGUAGCACUUGCUUUAGUAAAAAGAAUGCUUGAAAGAAACACAUUCCUUUUUGGCUCUGUUGACUUGAUGGAAGGUUGUGUCACAGAGACAGUAAAUGAACUCCAACAAUUACAGAAUGCCCGUAUUCAAGUUGCAUAUGAAAAGUUAUUUGAUAGCACUUCAAUUGACAACUACAUCCAGAUGGACCUUGGCUUGGAAGUUGACCUUGAUUUGCUGAAGAAAAAGUCAUCUGGAUAUGCCACGGCCAAGAAUGUGGCUAUUCAAGAGGCGAGCAAUAUUUUAGACGUUGAAAACAUAAAGCACUUACAAAAAGAUAAGGAACUGAUAGGAGAUGUUGUGGAGAAGGUUGCUAACGACUGGCACGUUCAGAAACAAACAUUUUAUAAACAAACAGGAUUGGGGGACGAUGCAUAUGAGAAGGAACUGGAGCAAUUACUUCUAGAGCAGCAUCCACAUGAUGGAAACUCUUAACCAAGAUUGAAGAUGGACAUCUGGGUCGUCGUGGUUACUUAUGCAUGGGGAAUUCAUAAUUAAUAUCCCUGUUUAGAUAGUAGGAGGAAAUGUGUUCCUUUUCCAGUUAUUGCUGCUUUAAACAAGACAAUGAAACAAAAAAAAAAAAUGAUAAAAUGUAUUAUGCUUCAUUUUAUUCAACAUUUCUAUUUUUCUUCUAUGUUUAUGACCACAUAUUUCCUUUUCA